AUGCCCACAUGGUGUAUCGCUCGCAAACCUCUACCACCCAAGCUGAGUGGCGUGGCACUCUCGCUCGACCCAGCCACUACCGAGGUUCUGGCAGCCAAGGACUGCGUUGGCCCGCUACUCAAUACGAGCAUCUUUUCCAUGGCCGUGGGCUACAACCGGGGGGUCUACGGGGGGUCGAUCUCGGGCCUCUGGGCGAUCAUGGACUCGGCCUUCGUCCUCAACUACUCGAUCGGUAAGAACAGCCCUGCGAUGGCGGAGAAACUGGCUGAUGCCUUUGCCGAUGUGGCGGCCACCGCCGAGGUAGCCGUCUCCGCGGGCCCGCACAUCACCGACAUUCGUGUCGUCAAGGGGUGCAACUACGCCUGUCUGCGCCAGAAGUCCAUCAUCGAGGACACCGCAACGGUCGUCUCCCGGCCGUGCAUGGUGGUGUGGGACGAUCUGGCGCGACUGGCCCGCCACAAGCUCGCGGAUGCGGUGUUCUGCCAUGUCCACUACGACUCCGGGGGCGGCGAGCAGAUGGCCGCGAUGGCGGGGCUGGACUGCGUGGUGCAUGACUGGAUCGAUCUGGGCGCGGAUUUUGCCUGCGGCGAGAUUAGCAAUAUCAUACCUACAUUGACGCAGGGAUCACUGGAUGGAGCGCCCCUGGCAGAGGUUUACUCGCGCUUGCUCGCCAACUGCCGCCACCGACCCAUCACCCUCCUCGGCCGGACUGACCUGAGUGUCGAGGCCAUGUCAAUUGCGGCCACAAUUCCCACCGCGCGACCGUCACUAAAGCACUUUCGCGCGUGCGGCACGCCCGUCGAGCGCGGAGAAGGCGCCUUCGCGGUGGCCGAGGCGCGCUUCAACGCACUGCUGGCAUCAACCCCGUUGACGGAAACCCGGCGUGUGGCCGAUAUCCUGGUCCGGCCGGUGCUCGCGUACGUGCGCGGGACGGACGACCACCUCCCACUGGAGAAUGAAUACGUGGGGGCGGUGCUGGCGGCGGAGAUCGCGUACCCGCAGGACCAAAAGAUCCGCGAGCUGUGGGACUUGGCGAUUGUGAUGUGGGAGUGCGGUGCCCUGUGGGCGGCAGGCGUCACUGGCCUGUGCUAUACCUACUCCGGCCAGUCCAACUGUGAUCGUGCGCGCGAGGAUUUGUCGGACUGCACCUGGAGUUGAGCGGGGGGUUGUUCUUCG